AUGGGGUUAACAAACAAGAGUGCGGGAGAACAACUCACACCCAACAACUCUAAUGUGCCCAAUGAAGAUCAAGGCGAAGAAAUCCAACAGCCCAGAGAGAGGCAACAGCAUACUCCAGCAGGGCAGCAAACACGAAGAGCAGGCACACAGCCAUCCAGAUGUCAAUUGCCUUCACGUAGGACACCUGUAACAGCCACCAACAGAGUAGUCAACCUUUCUGGAGUCCUUCCAUGGCCUAUCCAGUGGGUUGGCAGCCCAUAUCAACUGCCUGCUGUUCUUCAGUUUUAUGCUGAAUUUCUUUUUUAGUAUAUUUAAAAAAAUAAAGAAGCGUUCCACAAUACAUCCUAUUGUCUGAAGUCCUCUGUCAAAGAGAUCAUCCUUCACCUCUCUGCACUGCCCACCCUCCAUUUCCAUCUGCCUUUCCUCCCUACACUUUUUUCUCUUUCUUUCUUUCUUCUUUUUGUUCUUCUGCUUCUGCUGCUUAUUAUUCUUUUUAUUCUUAUAUUUUUUUGA